AUGAUAAUUAUGCCUUCCAAUGUAUGUUGCAUAGCUCUCUUCAUUGCCUUCUUUCUGAUUCCAUUUGUGAAUUCAGUGUCCUUUCAAAUAUCUCGAUUUGGACCGGACAUGACUGACAUACUCUACGAAGGAGAUGCAGUCGCGUCUGUAGGAGAGAUCGAGUUUAACAAAGCAAACUAUCUAUGUCGCGUUGCUCAUGCCAUCUAUAGAGAGAAAGUUCCACUUUGGGAUCCUGAUCAUGACUCCACAAAGCUAGCUGAUUUCUCCACACGUUUUUCGUUCACUAUAGAUACUCAAAAUCAUUCCUCAUAUGGUCAUGGUAUCGCGUUUUUCCUAGCUCCAGUUGGUUUUCGAAUUCCACCUAACUCAGAUGGUGGUUUUCUUGGACUGUUCAAUACAACCACUAGUGAUUCAGCUCAAAGCCAAAUUGUUUCUGUUGAGUUUGACUCAUUUUCCAACGUCGAAUGGGAUCCUCCAUUCGAGCACGUUGGUAUCAAUAACAAUUCAAUUGCUUCAUCUGUAACAGCUCCUUGGAAUGUUAGUUUACAUAGUGGUGAUCCUAUUGAGACAUGGAUUACUUACAAUGCUACAACAAAUAAUCUUAGUGUCAUUUGGAACUAUGGAACAGGCCCGAAUUCGAGCAUGUUUUACAUAAUAAACCUCAGAGAUGUUCUGCCUCCAUGGGUCACAAUCGGAUUCUCUGCUGCAACAGGACAAAAUGUCGAGAGACAUACACUUGAAUCAUGGGAAUUCAGCUCGAGUCUUGAUAUAACAGAGUUAGGUGGAAAUGAUCGCGAAAAGAUUGGACUGAUUGCAGGGCUAACAACAUUAGGUGGGAUUUUGUUUGUGAGCGCGAUUUUGGCUUUGGUAGUUUUGAGAAAAUGUAGACGAAAGGUGAAGGGAAAUCCAGAGACAAUAAGCUUAACAUCAUUCAAUGAUGAUCUUGAAAAGGGGGCAGGGCCAAGAAAGUUUUCGUACAAAGAGUUAGAUACUUCAACUAAUCAUUUCUCAGAGGAACGAAAAUUAGGCGAAGGAGGAUUUGGAGAAGUUUACAAAGGGUACCUCAUCGAUCUUGACAUAGCGGUUGCUGUAAAGAAGAUCUCGAGAGGGUCUAAGCAGGGGAAAAAGGAAUACAUAACCGAGGUGAAGGUUAUUAGUCGAUUAAGGCAUAGAAAUCUUGUGCAACUAAUCGGUUGGUGUCAUGAUCAAGGUGAGUUCUUACUUGUUUACGAAUUCAUGCCAAAUGGUAGCUUAGAUUUUCAUUUGUUUGGUAAAAAGAAUCCUCUUAGUUGGACUAUGAGGUACAAGAUUUCACUUGGUUUAGCAUCAGCGUUGCUCUAUCUACACGAAGAAUGGGAACAAUGUGUGAUCCACAGAGACAUAAAAUCGAGCAACAUAAUGCUAGAUUCAAGUUUUAAUGUCAAGCUUGGUGAUUUUGGCCUAGCUAGACUAAUGGACCAUGAAUUAGGUCCUCAGACUACAGGACUAGCUGGAACUUUAGGUUAUUUGGCUCCGGAAUACAUAAAAACAGGACGAGCAAGCAAAGAGUCAGAUGUAUACAGCUUCGGAAUAGUUGCAUUAGAAAUUGCAACAGGAAGAAAAUCAGUUGAUCCAGGGACAGGGAAAUGUGAUGCAGGAUUAGUAGAGUAUGUUUGGGAAUUUUAUGAAAAAGGGAAACUUCUUUCUGUUGUUGAUGAGAAAUUAAACAUGGAUUUCGAACAAGAACAAGUAGAACGAUUGAUGAUUAUCGCGUUGUGGUGUGCUCAUCCCGAGAGCAAUCUAAGGCCAUCGAUAAAACAAGCAAUUCAUGUUCUGAAUUUCGAGGCAUCGUUGCCUAAUCUUCCAAUGAAGAUGCCUGUUCCUGUGUACUAUUCACCUAGGCCAUGUGGUGAACCAACAGUUAGCUCCGAGGAGCCUACGAUGACUUACACAAGCAUCGAUGUGGGUCGAUAA